UCACAGGUGUGGCAUAUCAAGAAGCUGAUAAAACAGCAUGAUUAUUACACAGGUGCACCUUGUGCUGGGGAGAAUAAAAGGCAAGUUCUGUCAAACAACACAAUGGCACAAAUGUCUCAAGUUUUGAUGGAGCGUACAAUUAGCAUGCUGACUACAGGAAUGUCCACCAGAGAUUUUUUCCAGAGAAAGGAAUGGUAAUUUCUCUACCAUAAGCUGCCUCCAAUGUCUUUUUAGAGAAUUUGACAGUAUGUCCAACCGACCUCACAACCGCAGACCACGUGUAACCAAACCAGCCCAGGACCUUCACAUCCGUCAUCUUCACCUGCGGGAUGUCUGAAGGGGUGUGUGGGGGGUGCUGAGGAGUAUUUCUGUCUGUCAAAUGUUGAAAAACUCAUUCUGAUUGGCUUGAGCUUGGCUCCUUAGUGGGUUGGCCUGGCUGCCAAGUGGGCGGGCCUAUGCCCUCCCAGGACCACCCAUGGCUGCGCCCUUACCCAGUCAUGUGAAAUCCAUAGAUUAGGGCCUAAUGAAUGUAUUUCAAUUGACUGAAUAUCUUAUAUGAACUGUAACUCAGUAAAAUCUUUGAAAUAGUUGCAUGUUGCAAAUAUAUUUUUGUUCAGUAUAUAUUUUGUAUUAAACAGUACUAGAUUGGUGAUAUGAGAAGAAAGUAAAGGUACAGUAGGUGGUUUCCUUUCUGUCUCCACCAACUGUUGUGUUCAGCUACAGUAUUUUCCUUUGCAGUGACACAGAUAGUGCCUUUUCACCACGUGUCAACAGCAUGCACCCUGGUACACUACAGGCACAUGUUCAGUUCCUUAGUGGUGAGGGAUAGCGAACCAACAUCAUUGUCAUUGGGCAAGACAGAACAAAUAAUUUCUACCACAUUUCCUGUGUGAUAUUGCUGAUUACACACUUGAAUGUAGCAGCACUGACAGUGCGCAUCACAUGUGCAUAAAGUAAUGCUUGUACCCCAACCUAAGUGACAGGACCGGUCACCCUGGUCAACUCUCCCUGUUGCUGUGGUCACGUUACUGUUGUGGUCAGUCACGAUGAACACCUCCUCAGAAGCGGUGGCCAGAGGGGUCAACAACGCCACCCUGGAGAUGCUGGUCAGUCCUGUGAUGACCGUGGCUGUGCCUGUUAUUUACCUGUCUGUGUUUGUGUGCAGUACCCCCUGCAACCUGCUGUCUCUGGUAGCACUGCUGAACGUCCACUACAAACGCCACACUCCCACGUCUGUGUUUGCCAUCAACCUGUCCCUGGCAGACCUGCUCUACAGCGCCUUCCUGCCCCUACAGGUGUUGUACCACCUGUGGGGUAAUGACUGGCCGUGGGGCGCUGCCCUCUGUGGCCUCACCACCACAGCCCUGAACUGCAACAUGCAUUGCUCCGUCCUCACCACCUGUGCCAUCGCGCUCGAGCGUUACUGCGGUGUCGUACGCCCACUACGCACCAAACACUGGCGCACCGCCCGGAGAGCCACCAUCGCCUGCGUCCUCAUCUGGGCAUUUGUUCUGAUUACUCAGACACCCUUGCUCCACAGUGACCUCACCCUCCGGGUCGUCGAGCUAAACAUCACAACCUGCUUCGAUGUGCUUCCACGUAAACUGUUCAUUCACCAAUCAGUAGCCUAUCUCUACUUCCUAGUGGUUCUGCUGAUGUUCUACGUGUUGCCGUUAGCCGUCCUGGUCAGCUGUUACGUUGCCGUGGCGAGAGGCCUGCACAGGUCGUUGCCGACGGCAGCUGAAGGCAGUGAUGGAAAGAGGGAAGUGUUGUCAAGGCGACGGGCUCAGACCACAGUCGCCUUGGCAACCCUGUGCUUUGUGGUGUGUUACCUACCAACCAUCACCCUUCAUGGUCUGCACUUAGUCUUCCACGCCCAGGGCAAGAGCCUGUACAGAUACUAUAAACUAGCGCUGAGCAUCAACAGCCUCAACUGCUGCUUUGACCCGUUUGUGUACUACUUUGCGUCGAGGGAGUUCCGGCUGGCUCUGAGGAGGCUGCUGGGGCGGUGUGUCCCACUGGGAGAGGGGGAGGAGCUUGGGACCUCUGAGCUGGUGUCCAUGACUGGGGAGACUAGGGAAUCUAAGGGCCACUACUAGGCCGUAGUUGAUCACUAGAUCAUCAUGCUGGAAUGGACAAAGUAUGCAGAUGCCAUAGCAAAUGACCCAAACUGUAAAUACAAAAAAAUCUAUUUGUUAUUUUAUGGACAGACCCUGUACGGUCUUCAUUAUAAAGCUGUUUAUGCAAUUGUUGUCAAUGCUAAUUUUUAUAGUUAUUCUGACUUCAUUCCAUUGACAUUUAUUAUUGAAUAAAUCUUAG